CAAUUUAGGAGAGGCAAAAAUCCACAGGUUUACUCACCAUUUAGCUUCAAUAUAUUUUUGAGAGUAAAUAAUAUUGAUUACAGGAACUAAAAAUGUCUGCUCCAAAAUAGGAAAAACAGGUUCAAAGGAAACAUACUGAUGAAAAUAUCUGCAGCAGUAAAAAAAGAGCAUACAUCGACCAUCUUCAAGGGAAUUGAUCAAGAUGUACAGUGACAGUCAAGUUGAGAAGCACGGUGAAAAUCCUUGGUAUUACGACAAACGUUAUGCAAGGUUUUGGCAUCAUUACAAUACCAUGAUGAUGACAGCACACAAAGAUGCUGUAGUAAGAGCAAGACAUAUUGCUUCACAUACUAAUGCAGCCCUCAGUGGAAUGCUCAAAAAACAACCAUGUCAAAAUUUACCAAGGUACAGUGAUUUUUCAAGACAUAGAAAAUCCAGUAAAAGUCUGACCGACAUUUCGAGAUCAAGCCGAAAUCGCAAAAAGAGAAAAAGGAAGAAAAAGAACAGGCAGAUCAGAACUCAAGCCAUUCUGGACAGUCAGGGAACAGUGAGUGACAGUGAAGCCCUGCAGUCGCAGAUGAGCCAAGGAAUGCAUUUGCAGGAUGAGGAGGAAAACAUGGAAGUUAGUGAAGACUUCUUAGAAUUUAUUCAGCAGAGUGAGCAACACCGGGUCGAGUGGAAAACCCGUAAAGUGAAAAAGGCUUUGGAUGAGGAGAAACAGUCGGAGGAUAGUGAAAGCAAUUCCACACCAAAGGAGCAUCCGGAUGUCGUCCGGAGCCGAGAGAUGCACCAGUUGUAUGGGGAAGCAGCAGCAAGAAUACAUGCAAUGGAGACUGCAGUCCAGCUGUCUUUUGACCGUAUAUCAACACUGUAUCAGCCUCAGUAUUGGCCAAACAUUCCCCUCAAGUUGAUAUUCUGAGGAGACUUUUAGCUUGCCUGACUGCAAAGAAAUUACUUUUUAUAAAUUCUUGAGAUUUGAAAAUGAUGGUAACACUGUUGAGUAGUUUUCAUUCAUUGUAUUUUAUUACAAUAAACAGGAAUCAUGGCUUACA